AUGUCUUCCAACGAAGAAAUCUCCGUUGCAAAAUCGUCGGGUCAUGCUCCUGAAAGUGGUCUACACCACCGUAGCGUAGGAAGCAUUGAAGCUGCGUAUGGCGGACGUCGUCAAACGAUCCAUGUCGACGAUCUCGACGCGGCCGAUCGAGCGCUUGCAGAACAGUUUGGUUACAAACCUGUCUUCAAACGUGAAUUUGGCUACUUGUCAACGUUCUCCUUCGCGGUUUCGAUCUCCGGCCUUUUCGCAACAGUCACCACAACUUUCUCAACGCCCCUCUAUGGUGGAGGCGCGGCAUCUGCUGUCUGGUGCUGGCUGAUCUCUGGUGCGGGAUGCAUGUGUAUAGCACUCAGCGUCGCUGAACUGGUGUCCGCCUAUCCUACCUGUGGUGGCCUCUACUACACCAUAUCCCGACUUGCGCCAAAGGCCUGGGUUCCGUCCAUCAGCUGGAUCGACGGCUGGAUCAAUCUUCUCGGGCAGAUCGCUGGGGUGGCCUCUAGCGAAUAUGGCUCCGCUCAAAUCCUGCUCGCUGCAGUCAGCAUGGGAUCAGAUUUCACCUACACUCCCACAGUCAACCAAACAGUCGGAGUUAUGGCAGGCUUAACGGUCUUCUGCGGCGUAGUAAACUCACUGUCAACAUACUGGAUGGAGAAGAUGACCAAGUUCUACGUGAUCUUCCAUGUCUGUGUGCUGGUCAGUUGCUGUAUUGCACUUCUUGUCAAGACACCCGAUAAACACGACGCUGGAUAUGUCUUCACUUACAUCGAAGCUGACAGUGGGUGGACUCCAACCGGGUUCAGUUUUCUCUUGGGCUUCCUUUCCGUUUCUUGGACCAUGACCGACUACGACGCCACGGCGCAUAUUACCGAAGAGAUCAACGAGCCAGAGAUCAAGGCUCCGUGGGCGAUCUCCAUGGCCAUGCUGUUCACUUAUGUCGCUGGCUUUCUCUUCAAUAUCGUACUUGCUUACUGCAUGGGUGACCCCGCCAACAUCGAAAGCAGUCCCAUCGAGCAGCCUGUUGCACAGAUCUACUACAACUCUCUUGGAAAGUCUGGCGGGAUCGCAUUCACCGUCUUUGCGUUCAUCAUCCUUCAAUUUGUGUGCUUCACAGCCACUCAAGCACUUGCUCGGACCUUCUUUGCCUUCUCGCGCGACAGGCUCAUCCCGGGCAGCAAGAUCUGGACUAAGGUCAAUCGCGUGUCCGGAACGCCUCUCUAUGCUGUUUGGAUCUCGGUAUUCUGGUGUAUUGCAAUCAAUUUGAUUGCGUUGGGCUCAUACACAGCUGCGCUGGGAGUGUUCAAUGUGUGUGCGAUCGCGCUAGACUGGUCUUACUGCAUCCCGAUUGCUUGUAAAGUCAUCUUUGGCAAAUUCGAGCCUGGUCCCUGGCAUCUCGGGAAGUUCAGCACGGCCGUUAACAUCUGGGCCUGCGUUUGGACUGCUUUCGUCAGCGUCAUCUUCGUCUUCCCAGAAACAGUCCCGGUAACGCCACAAAACAUGAACUGGGCGAUCGUAUAUCUCGCCGGCAUUUUUGCUGCGGCUGGAAUCUAUUGGUACAUCUCGGGAAGGAAAUUCUAUACUGGACCUCUGGUCGAAGCAGAAGUCACUGGCAUCGAGCCUGGUCAGGACACCAUGGGCGAGCGACAGCGCGCUCGAGCGUACGACGAGACUCACGAGCUGCCCAACGAAAAGGAAUUCUUCCCACUCGAAAAUGGGAGAGAUCCCAGAGACCCGACUCAAUGA